GCCCGCCCCGCGGUGGCGCCGCCCCGGGGACAAUAGCGCGGGGCCAUGGCGUCCGCCGGCGGCCGCCCGCCCAGCCAGAGCCGCGCCAUCCCCACGCGCACCGUGGCCCUCAGCGACGCCACGCAGCUGCCCCCCGACUACUGCACCACCCCCGGCGGCACCCUCUUCUCCACCACGCCGGGAGGUACCCGCAUCAUCUACGACCGCAAGUUCCUGCUGGACCGCCGCAACUCGCCCAUGGCGCAGACGCCGCCGUGCCACCUCCCCGACAUCCCCGGCGUCACCAGCCCCGGUGCCGCCGCCGCCGACGAGCCCAAGGCGGAGGCCGGCAGCAGCCUGAGCAAUCACGACGCGAAGCCGUCGGCGGGGGACGACGCGCAGUUCGAGAUGGACAUCUGACCGGGCGCCCUCCUGCUCUCCUUCGCCAUUUCCCAGAUUUUUUCCUCCCGUUUCAUUUUUUUUUUUUUUUUGUGUGUGUUUAUUUUUUUUUUUUUCACCACGUCGCCUUCAGCUCCCGUACACCUGCCCCCUUCCCAAAACUUGUUUUAAGGAACAACGCCUGGAAAUCGAGGGUUUUGGUUUUUUUUGUUGUUUUAGCAGCUGAGCUCCCCCGGAAAAUUUCAGCAGCCGUGGUACCCGAGGAGGUACCAGCACCGCCGAUGCUGCCCCUCCGGGUGGGGAAAAGUCUUUUGGGGUCCAGGUUUGACCCCGAUGGCUCCCGGGCUCCCCGCUUCCACCGGGCAACGCAACGCGGCCGUGCGCUGCGAGCAGCCCUUGGUUUUACGAUAAAUAUUUAUAUUUUCUGGUACUGAGCAAAAAAGGGGAGAACAGGAAAAAAAAAAAAAAGGAGAAAUCUCACCCUCAUGCCGGGGGGGAUUUGGGAUCUGGGGGGGGAUUUUCUUUGCCAGGUACUGGCAUCGGGGUGCUGCGUGAGUGGAGAUGCGGAUAGGCGUGCGGGUGGGUGCUUGUGACACGUGCACAGAUAUAUAUAUGUUAUAUAGAGAGAGAUAUAUUUUUUUUCCUUAAAAUGACGAUCCGAGGGGGUCCCUCGCGUCCUCGGGGCGGCGCGGAGCGGGGAGGGCGAUGGCCGUCAGCCGCGCGGUGCCUCGCGGGACCGCUGCUCCCCGAGCCGAAAAAGCGAUAAUCCAAGGGACAUCCUGCCUUUCUACGACUUUCUACGACGUUUCUACCGCUUUCUACCGAGUUUCUACGACUUUCUACCGAGUUACCUUUCUCGUUGUUCUUUUCUGUUGGUUUUUUUUGGCUUGUUUCUUAAACGGGAUUCUGGCUGAAGAGCGAGGAGCGCCCGGCCUCUCGGGGCGGCUUCUCCGCUCUUCAGGGUUGUCGGUGGUUUUUGUUUUUUCUUUUUGGGGUUUUCCUGUCUCUUGAAAGAGGUGUUGGGGAGGAGAAGAGCUCUCACCGGUGGUUGCUGUUACAGCGAGGUCAAUAAAGAUCUUGGUUCUACGA